AUGGUUCUCACUCUGUUUGGUAACAGACUCUGCUUUAGGAAAGUCUCACAGUACAGUACUACUGACCUCCGCUUCCAGAGCCAUGCGGUGCUAGCCCUUCAGGAGGCUGCAGAGGCCUACCUAGUGGGUCUCUUCGAGGACACCAACCUGUGCGCCAUCCAUGCCAAGCGCGUGACCAUCAUGCCCGAGGACAUUCAGCUGGCUAGGAGGCUCCGUGGAGAGAGGGCUUAA